GUUUUAAUCUUUUGUAGUUUGUGUCAACAUGCAACUUGUUCCCCCUGCAGGGAGCCACUGAGCGUUCAUCUCAAAUCGAUUGCUCUGGUCUGCCACCCCCCUCUAACCAGGAAGUAAAAUAGCUCCUGUCUUUUCACCCAGCGGUCGCUAGUCCUAAAUGGUUAGCGCGUUGCAAAGUGCGUCAAAAUGACCGAGGUAGUGAACGGUUCGGACUUCAGGGGAAUUACGGUGCAUGAUUUCUCCGAGAAGAUCCUGGAGCAGGUCGUCCACUUCCACGUGAUGAAGUUGGACGGCGGCUUCUUUCUGUGGGUCGGUUCGGCUCCGGUUCUGUCCAACCUAGCGGUUUCCAUGAGCAGCAAAUACGAUUUAAUGCCGUUGUCUACAUUGGUGAUGGGGGAUCCGUCCAAUACUGCUGCAAACUCUUUGGCACAGAGGCUAGCAAAGAGGACCAAAAAGCAAGUAUUUGUGAGUUACAGUCUUCCGAUGACGGAUUCCAGCCUCAGUUUGUUGGUGGAAAACCGGAUCAAAAAGGAGCUGGAGCUUCAUCCUGAGAACUUCUGAAGCACAUCGCUCUUUUGGACAUUUACGUACAUAACAUCACAUCAGCGCCUGCUUCUUUUUUCUUUUUUUUUACUCUGCUGGAACCAAAACUUCCCAACAUGCGUGCACACAAGAAAAAGCCACACACAAGCAGUCACAUCCACUGUUCUUUUAUUGACAUAAUAAAUUAAGUGGUUUAUUAUCAAAACACGUAGGCCUAUGGCUUUCUGUACAAAUGCAUCUUAUUAAAAAAAUAACACUUAGAAAACAGCA